AUGCCUAACUUGCAUUCCUUACCCGAGGGCACCUGGCCAGAAAAUGCCAUUCGCAACAACGGACCAGAUAACCUGGUCCUUGAGCGUGCAAAACUCCGCGAGCUAGCUGAGGGAUGGCCUUGCUACCGUGACGCCUGUGAAUGGGAGAAUUUUGAAUCAAUCUUCCACCCAGGAGCAUAUGUCUACACCACAUGGUCCGGCCGAGUUUCCUACCUGGACUUCAUGGCAGCCUCCAAAGCGGGGAUGGACAAGGGGGCAUUCAUCAUGCAUCGAUGCCAUGGAGUAACAACUGAUAUUACCUCGGAUACCAGUCGCGCCGUCACCAAAAUGAAGGCGACUAUCACACAACGAUUCACAAUCGACGGAAUAGAAGUGGAUGCGGAGGCAGACUGCCGUUUUUGUUUCUUCUUCGAGAAAGUCGACGGUCGCUGGGGUGCGCGGUUUGUGCGACAUUGGUAUGAGAAGGAUAAGCUGUUGCCUGUGAUCCCGAAUCUGUUCCCCGACAUUGACGUGCAGAAGCUCAACUCUUAUCCGGAGGGAUAUAAGUGUCUGGCAUAUUGCCAGGAGCUUACCAUGGGGGUUACGGUGUUGAGGGAUAUGCCUGGUCAUCGUCGACAUGCUGGAACUGUUUGUGGGGAGAAGCAUGAUUUGUUGUAUCGACUUGCCAAAGAGUGGUUGGAUGGAAAGGAAAUUGAGGUAUAA